AUGCCGCCAAAGAAAUUCUUAAAGCCGAAGCCAAAGGGCAAGGUGAAGCCGCCGGAGCCGGAGACUGAGAACGACUUCCUUGAGGCUGCGGACGAAUUCGAACAGGCGGCAGGCAAAUGGCGCGCAGGGGACGCCGCGAAGGCUGUUCGCUUCUUUAACCGAGCGAUAGAUGCGUACAAUGAGGGCCUAAAGCGUCAUCCUCAAUCAUUCGAUCUUGCCUACAACAAAGCGAACCUACAAUACACCAUCUCAGAAGAUGAGCGCAUCAUCUCACAUUUCGGGAACAGGACUGCGCUGUUAGAGGAGACUUUGAUGUCGCAUCGCUACGCCAUCUCACUAAACCCCACAAAUACCGACAUUCUUUUCAACGCUGCGCAAGUACUUACCUCAUUAGCAGAGGCCGGUUUGGAAGCCAGCUCACCAGCAGCCGGAAAGCAAGACGCGAGACCGUUGCUUGAGGAGGCGUUCGAUAUUCUCACAAAAUGCUUAGAGAGCCAGCAGCAAGAGUACUCUCAGAUGCAGGCCGAGAUUGCCAAGAUCGAGGCCUCUGGAGAGUACAAGGAGGCUUGGGAGGGCGAACGUCAACAGCCAGCGGAGACUCAGGAACAAGACAUGGAGACCGAAUCGGGGGCUUCUGAAGCACCAGGAGACUGGGCUACCGUGGAAGAGCCGCUCACACCAACAAGCAUCCUCGAAACCUGCACAGCACAACUCAGUACCUUAACGACAUUACUAGGUCUCUACAACCCCGCUACAGAUCUAUCAAGUAUAGAGAAGAAAGCACAGGACGGAAUAGAUACAGCUACAAACAAGAUCCCAACACUCAUAGACCUCAUCGAAAAGUCUCCCGCUCCGAAAGCCGACGAUGAGCCCAAAGCAGGCCCAACACUCUCCAUAUCCGCGCCGGAAGAAGCGACAACAACACCCAAAGACGAUGCAAUACUCGCGGCUGCCAAUUUCCAAGCUAGCGUGGCGGAAAUGCAAUACCGUAGUGACAGGACAACAUCGACAGAGUACGCGGGAACCGUAGAGCAGAUAUUCAGCAGUCUAGUACAAACCGCGACGCAGAACGGCACUCCCGAUCUCGCAGUCAUCAACGUACAGUCCGCAUAUGCGGACGCGCUCAUGGACCUCGCUUCAGCACUAGCAGAUGGUACCCAGUAUACCCCAUCAGAACCCACAUUCAGCACAGACGUCGAUAUCCAAUGGACAGCUCUUACGCAGACCCAGACUCUGCUCACCAAACUGUCCGGCGCACCCUACACAUCCAUCCUAUCCCCGUCACGACUGGCCGAUGUCUUCAUAGCAAGGGGCGACACCGAUCUCUUCCGCUUCCGCAUCUCGCUCUUCGAGGGCGCGAAGCCUGCUUGGGCGAAGAGUGGACCGACUUUGGUUUCCAAUGCUGGUGUCUUCUACAGAGGAGGCAGGAGCUAUGCGGAGAAAGCUGGUGCGGUUGGAGUGCGCAGCACGGCGGAUGCCAAAGCGGUUGUGGCUGAGAUACUGAAGGCGGUGGCGAGUGGUUCGGAGAUGACGAAGGAUACUUGGAAGGGGAGGACUGCGGAUGUACCGAGGGUUUUGGAGCAGAUGGUUGAAGAGGGAAUUAUAGGACGAGAGAAUGCUGAGGGAUUGCUGACCUGGAUGUAG